AUGACAUUACAUGCAUCAGCAUUAGGAUAUCAUAAUAAGAAAACAACAGAUUCUUAUUUAAAGGGUAGACCAACAUUACCUGUUGAACUUGUUGACUUUAUCAACUCAAACUUUAAUAUUGACCACGAUGCUAAUAUCGUUGAUUUAGCUUCUGGUACUGGUAAAUUUACAGAACUAAUGUUUAGUUAUGGUGGAUUUAAUAAUAUUACAUGUGUUGAACCAAGUCCCGAUUUUAGAGAUGCUUGUUCACAGAUAUUACAAUCGGUUAUUGAUAAUACAGAGGAUCAACAAGUUAAAAUGGUACAGCUACAUCGAUCCCAUUGGCCGAAUAACUCUGUCGAUGCAUUAUUUGCAUCACAAGCAUUCCAUUGGUUUGCCAAUGAUGAUGCCAUCAAAGAGAUGGUACGUGUACUCAAACCAGGUGCACCAUUAAUCUUUGUAUGGUGUGAAGCAGAUACCUCAUAUCCAUUGGUUAAAGCCACUACCGAUAUCUUUCACGAAAAGUACUAUGAUGGCUGUACACCACAAUUCCGUGCUUACAAGUGGUUGAAUCUCUUUACUAGUCCAAGUGAACAAACAAAGUCACUCAUCAAUCUACCAUUAAACUGCAAGAAACCAUUCCCAAUGCUACCACAUUUCAACCGUGACAGUCUUAGAGAUAGAAUCUUUUCCAUCUCUUACAUUUCUCUAUUCUCUGACGAAAAGAAGAAACAAAUGAUGGAUGAAGUCUAUGCUGCCAUUGACGCUCUACCAGAAUACAAAGAUAAAGAAUCAUUUGAUUAUCCUUACUUUGCUGAAACUUGGUGGACUUUUAAAAAAGAGAGAGAAGAGAGAGAUAUGACUAAAGAGAAUAGAGAAGCAACAUUUCAAGAUGAUGAAGAAGAUGUAGAUUAUCAAUCAACAUCGGGAGAUGAGGAAGAUGAUGAAGACUAUGAAGAGAUGACCGAAGAACAAAUGGAAGAGUUGAAUAGAUUAUCAUCAAAUGUCAACGACCCAUUUGGAAGUAGAAGACAACUUGCACCAGCUCCAGCUCCUGCACCAGCUGCUAGACCUGCUGGUCCAACCCUUGCUGAAUUAAUGGCAAUGAAUCUCAAGAUUGAGUCUGAUAAAAAGACUGCUGCUGGCAACGACCAAGAUGAAGGAGAAUGGAUCGACGGUGAAGAUAUUGAAGGAGAAGAAGGUGAAGAAGGAGAGGAAGAAGAGGAACAAGAGACAAUGACACUUUCACAUGCAAAGAGAACAGCAUCUCAUCUAGUCAUUGAUACCAACGCUAUCAUUCAAGCGACCAGAUUCGAUUCACUCGCAAGAGUAUUGUGGACCAUUGAAGAGGUUAUAGACGAAGUCAAGGACAAACGUUCAGUCGAUUUUUUAGCCUCUCUUCCAUACGAAAUCAAAACCAAGGAACCUACUCCCCAAUCGGUCAAGGCUGUCUUGGAGUUUUCAAAGUUGACUGGUGACUAUCCAUCGUUGUCGGCGGUCGAUCUCAAGGUUCUUGCCCUUGCCCACACUCUUCACUGUCAAUAUGACAAGGCCGUCCCACUCCGUACCGAACCAUUACCACUCCAAGUCAAUGCACAUGGUGUUGGAAAGAGACCAGAUCAAAUGUUACAAGAUGGUGACAACAAGAAAUCAACUACCACUACUACUACUACAACUACUACCGACGAUAACAACAACAAUGGUGAACCAGUAUUCAUCAUUUCUGAUACUCGUAGCAAUGCAAAUAGAAAGAAGAAAUUAAUCAUCGUUCCACCAAAACCAGUCGUAGAAGAAAAGAAACAAGAUAAUAAUGUAACAUCAUCAACAACAACAACAACCACCACAACAGAUAAUACUACUGCUGCUGCCACUACUGGAGACAGUGUUGACAAAAAGAAAAAGAAAAAGAAAAACAAGAAUAAGAAAAAGAAGGCUCCAGUUGUUGUUGCUGCUGUUGCCGAAGAAUUAGUUAAAGUUGAUGAAUGUUGUGAUCAUGGACAUGAUGGACAUGAUCAUCAACAUAAACAUCAAACUGAUAAACCAAUUGAAACACCAUCAUCAGCUUCUUUAUAUAAUAAUACCAACAACAACCAAGAACAAACAAACAAAAAGAAUAAGAAAAAGAAUAGUUUAAUGGUUAAUUUGGAUGAAUUGACAGAGGAUAAACCAAUCGUCGAUGGUAGAGCCAUCCUCGAACAAUUAAAGUUACAAAAAUUAAAAGAAGAGGAAGAAAAGAGAAGAAAUAAGCAAAAGGGUAUCGAUAUGGAUGGUGAAGAUGGUUGGAUCACCGAAGACAAUAUUCGUGAUAAAUUGGCUGCCGAUGAGAAUUCAAAGACUGAAAAGAAACAUGUUCCAGUUGCUUUGAUCACUUCCGAUUUCCCAAUGCAAAAUGUUAUGCUUCAAAUGGGUCUCCAUCUCUUUACCGUCAAUGGUAUGGCUAUCAAACAAGUUAGUCAAUUCGUAUUAAAAUGUUUCUCUUGUUUAAAGACAACAAUUGAUAUGAAGAGAAUGUGGUGCCCACAUUGUGGAAAUAAAACAUUGGUAAAGGCUAUGAAAUAUAUAGAUCGUAAUGGUAAUGUUACCGUUGGUAAGGGGUCUGGUAGACAAUAUAACCUUCGUGGUAAAAAGUAUAGCAUUCCAAAGAUGAAGGGUGGACAAAGACAUUCUGAUAUUGUCUUGUCCGAGGAACAAUAUAUUCAUCGUAUGAAGGCUACUGGCCUCUUUUACCGUAAACGUGCUCAUGAAAGAAAGUUGGAAAAGGCUAUGGAGUCGGGUGACCUCGAACGUUUUGAAACUAUUCUUGGAUCCAAUCCAGGUAAUGAUGUAAAGGUUGGUUAUGGAAAGAUUAAUCCAAACAUUGCUAGAAGAAAGAUUGGUAAAAAGAAUAAAUCCAUUUUAAAUAAAUAA